AUGGUCGGAGCCUGAGAGGGAAAGGGGAAGUGGGAUUCCUUCGGCCGGCUGCGCGAGGCGGAGGCAGCGGGCUCGGCAGGUGUGAGAACAUGGUUAUGAAGGCUUCUGUAGAAGAUGAUGAUUCAGGAUGGGAGCUCAACAUACCUGAGAAGAUGGAAAAGAGUAACACAAGCUGGAUAGAUAUUACCCAAGACUUUGAGGAUUGCUGUAGAGAACUGAAAUUGGGAGAGUUACUUCAUGACAAACUCUUUGGUCUUUUUGAAGCCAUGUCUGCUAUCGAAAUGAUGGACCCCAAGAUGGAUGCUGGUAUGAUUGGAAACCAAGUUAAUCGGAAAGUUCUUAACUUUGAACAAGCUAUCAAGGAUGGUACCAUUAAAAUUAAAGACUUAUCCUUGCCUGAGCUGAUAGGGAUAAUGGACACUUGUUUUUGCUGCUUGAUAACAUGGCUGGAAGGCCAUUCUUUGGCUCAGACGGUAUUCACUUGCCUUUACAUUCAUAAUCCAGACUUUAUAGAGGAUCCUGCCAUGAAGGCAUUUGCUCUAGGGAUCCUGAAAAUUUGUGAUAUUGCCAGAGAGAAAGUAAACAAAGCUGCAGUGUUUGAAGAGGAAGAUUUUCAAUCCAUGACAUAUGGAUUUAAAAUGGCCAACAGUGUGACAGAUCUUCGAGUUACAGGUAUGCUGAAGGAUGUUGAAGAUGACAUGCAACGGCGAGUUAAGAGCACUCGGAGCCGACAAGGGGAAGAGAGAGAUCCAGAAGUGGAACUUGAGCAUCAACAGUGCUUUGCAGUAUUCAGCAGAGUGAAGUUUACCCGGGUAUUACUGACUGUAUUAAUAGCCUUUACCAAAAAAGAGACUAGUGCAGUUGCAGAAGCUCAGAAACUGAUGACUCAGGCAGCUGACUUGCUUUCUGCUAUCCACAACUCCUUACACCAUGGCAUUCAGGCUCAGAAUGACACAACAAAAGGAGAUCACCCUAUUAUGAUGGGGUUUGAGCCUCUUGUUAAUCAGAGAUUGCUUCCACCAACUUUUCCUCGAUAUGCAAAAAUUAUUAAAAGGGAAGAAAUGGUCAACUAUUUUUCAAAGCUUAUAGACCGAAUAAAAACUGUGUGUGAAGUUGUCAAUUUAACUAACUUACACUGCAUACUGGAUUUUUUCUGUGAAUUUAGUGAACAGUCACCUUGUGUUCUUUCAAGAUCACUGUUACAGACUACUUUUCUUGUGGAUAACAAAAAAGUAUUUGGUACUCAUCUCAUGCAAGAUAUGGUGAAAGAUGCCCUGAGAUCUUUUGUCAGUCCUCCUGUACUUUCACCUAAGUGUUGUCUUUAUAACAACCAUCAGGCUAAGGACUACAUUGACUCCUUUGUCACACACUGUGUUCGACCGUUCUGUAGUUUGAUUCAGAUUCACGGGCACAAUAGGGCUCGUCAAAGAGAUAAACUUGGUCACAUUCUUGAAGAAUUUGCUACUUUGCAAGAUGAGGCAGAGAAAGUGGAUGCAGCACUUCACAGUAUGCUUCUAAAGCAAGAGCCCCAGCGGCAGCACUUAGCAUGCUUGGGCACCUGGGUCCUUUACCAUAACCUUCGCAUCAUGAUACAGUAUCUUCUGAGCGGGUUUGAGCUGGAGCUGUACAGUAUGCAUGAGUAUUACUACAUCUAUUGGUAUCUCUCUGAGUUCCUCUAUGCCUGGUUAAUGUCAACACUCAGUCGUGCUGAUAGCUCUCAAAUGGCAGAAGAAAGAAUAAUGGAAGAGCAGCAGAAAGGCCGGAGUAAUAAAAAAACAAAGAAAAAGAAAAAAGCUCGUCCUCUGAGCAGAGAGAUCACCAUGAGCCAAGCAUAUCAAAACAUGUGUGCUGGGAUGUAUAAGACUAUGAUUGCUUUUGACAUGGAUGGCAAAGUGAGGAAGCCCAAGUUUGAACUUGACAGUGAACAAGUUCGGUAUGAGCACAGGUUUGCCCCAUUCAACAGUGUCAUCACACCACCACCCGUACACUACUUGCAAUUCAAGGAAAUGUCUGACCUAAACAAAUACAGCCCCCCUCCUCAGUCUUCUGAUCUCUACAUGGCUGCUAGCAAACACUUUCAGCAAGCGAAAAUGAUACUGGAGAAUAUCCCUAAUCCAGACCAUGAGGUCAACCGAAUCCUUAAAGUUGCUAAACCCAAUAUUGUGGUUAUGAAGUUGCUGGCUGGAGGUCACAAAAAGGAUUCUAAAGUUCCUCCAGAAUUUGACUUCUCCCCUCACAGAUACUUCCCAGUAGUGAAGCUUGUUUGAAAGGCAAGGUGUUAGGACAACAGAUGAACUUUAAUUUGCAUAACAGAGUUACCUUGGGUAAACUCUUUUAUACUGAGCUCAAAAGGGACAUGGUGCUCUUGGACAAAAGUACUGUUGUAUUGGGAGGAACUUUAUUCUGACUUCCUUACAUAGCCUGAAAGACAACUGCUGUUUUAAAGUGGUUUGUGUAAUGUACUACCGCUGGAACUGAUUUUAUCAACUACAUUGUUAAAGCAUUGUAUGUUUUGAUUUUAUUGAAGAUUUACCUAUAAAUCAUUUUUAUGAAUGGUGUUUGAACAUUUGUAAACAUUCUUGACCACUUUGAAAGUACAAUGCAAUAAGGGAACUGUUAUGUUUUGAUAUGCAUUGGUGAGUAAAAGCAGAAUUCAAGCUCUAAACAAAACAAACUAAAAUAUACGGUUUGUGGUACUCAUGUUUGUAUAGGAACACCUAUCAAAGUUUCUUAGCUUACAAGUAUUACAAAAAUGCCACCACCACUCCCUUCAGUCCUGCAGGUUGACCAGGCAUUAAUUUUGGAUGACACAUUAGGUGAAUCAAAACUUUUUAAAGAAGCUGAGGUUGAGCUCUUACCUAUGAUUAUUUCAGUUAGACUGGGAAGGGUUCACAUUUAUUUUUGUCUUUUGGUUUAGUCGUUGGGACUUUUUAUACUGCCUUUUAUAGGCAUCAUUAAACGUUUUGCACUGCUUUGGGAUUCUUUUGGCAGGUUCCUCCUAUACGUGGUUACUUUUCUGUGCUCAUUUAAAAGUCUGCUCUGCACUGGCAUUUUCUUAAACGCUAAGACCACAUUUACCUACUUCCUCUUUGAUCAGCUAAAUGUUUUAUGAAUUGUUUUAAUAUUUGGUUUGAGACAUAAUACAGUUUAGGAUUUUUAAAAAAAUAUAAGGUAGAAAUAGCACAUAUGAAGUAUUUAGUAUCACAUGAAUCUAAGCAGCACCAUUAUAUCUAAGAAUAUGUCUAUGCAAAUAAACAAAACAGUUAGUUUGC